GAUGAAUAAAACUUGUUAUUGAUAUUGAUAUAAUUUUUGUAGAACUUUCUGUUUUUGUGGUAGCGUUUAUUUUUUUGAGAUAUCAAAAUGGGAUUUGAAAAAAUAAACGAUCUAAAAGUAUAACAAAGAUUAUUAAUAACAUCAAACGAACUGAUGCAUUCAGAUACCAUACUUCAAGGUUUAGAUAACCUAGGUCAAAUACUAUCAGAUAAACAUGAGAUCCAAUCAAAUCAUGAAUCAGAAUUUCAAUUCAUUUUGGAAUUAAUGGAUUUUUCAACCCAAGAUUCAUAUCAAGACGAUGAUCAUCGCAUUUGGAAUAACUUACAAACCAUCAUCAACCAAUGUCAAUAUCAGAAUAAUAUCAUAUGGGUACGACUCUAUCGAGGUGUUCUUGUCCUAAUUCGAAAUGUGAUUCGAUUUGAAACAAGUGACGAUGAGUUGGUUCUGUUUGUCUUAACUAAUUUGAUCAAUUUCAUUACUAAUAUCUCAUCUGAUAAUCCAUUUUAUGAUAAAACCAUAACGAUUUAUUUCCAAAUAUUGGCAAAUAUACAAGAUCCUAUACUAUCAAAGGGAUCUAUUUUAUCUAUUAAUAAUGGGGUAUUAUCACAUUUAGUCUUGGAGAAAGAUUAUAUCCAUCCAUUAACUCAUUUCCUAUAUAAUUCAUUCACCUCAAAGGAAGAUAACAUUACAUCGGAUGGAACUUAUCAUAAUGAACAAAUAUAUGAAUUAUUACAAAUCAAUUAUGAUUCAAAUCACAUUAUGAACUUUUUCAAAACUCAUUUUCAAGAUGAUAUUAAUCCCCUUAUAACAAAUCAAAGCCAUCAUCAUGAACAAAUUGAAUUUUCUCAAUUCCAACAUAAUUUCAUCACGUUAUUAACUGAAAUCAUCACCCAUGAAAGUUUUGGAAAUUGGUUAUUGGAUGAUGAUUUACUUUCCCAGGAGAAUCUAGCGUCAUUCUCUCAAUGGUUGAAAAUUGGCCAAUUGUUAAUAACGUCAAAAGAUAAUUGGAAUAAUUAUGAAUUAAUCGCUAUUGUGUCAUGGAUUAUAAAAGUGUUUGAAAGAUUUAGUCAAGUUUGCAUAGAUACAAUCACCAAUAAUAAUGAUCUGGAAUCAGAUAAUAAAGAAUUGAAUGAAUUGAUUUUAAUCAUUUGUCUUGAUAUUAUCAGUGAUUUAGGUAAAUUCAAUCAAGUCACUAAAAUGUUAAUUCAUUAUGAUAUCUUAACUUCAUUAAUUCCCUUAUUCAGAGCUGUCCAUGAUAAUAUCAAACCGAUUACAUUGAAAACUCGGGCCAGAUUUGAAGAUCUUGAUAAUAAAGAGACCACCUUCCCUCAAGUAAAAUCAUUAAUUAUAGAAAUCAUAUCAUAUUUAACCUUUGAGAAUUUUGAAAUUCAAGAAAAAGUUCGUCAUUUACAUGGAUUAGAAUUAGUGUUAUCGAAUUGUAUUAUCGAUGAUAAUAAUCCCUUCAUAAAGGAAAGAGCAAUUAUUUGUCUUAAAUAUUUAUUAUCUCAAAAUGCUCAAAAUCAAAAAUUUGUAGCUGAUUUAGAAGCUAAGGGAACUAAUGAAGUUAAUGAAGAGAUUAUUGAUAAAGCAGGAUAUGAAGUUGAGAUCGUUGAUGGUAAAGUACAAUUGAAGCAGAAGUCGUAGAUCACACUACAAAAUUAUGAUUCUAAUUAAUAAUCUUUUU